AUGUUUGGGCUCAACGGCAGCGCCGCCCGCAGCGCCGGCUACCCGGCGGCGCCCGCCCUGCCUCGCGGCCUGCUCCUCGCCGACGACGUGGGCAGCGGACGAGGCAAGCCGCGGGCGCUGGCUGCCGCCCACACACACGGGGUGCUGCGUCCUGGCGGCGCCGCCAAGUGGGCGGCCGCGGAGCGCCGCCUCUCCCUGGCCGCCGUGGCGCUGGGCCUGGCCGUCUUCCUGCUGUCCUGGCGCUACCUGUACCAGUUCACGGAGAUGGGCGGCAUGGCGCUGGGCGGGGUGCUGGUCGUGUCGGGUGCGGCGGGCUACGUGGGCGGGCGCCGCCGUUCCGCUAACAUAGUGAAUCUGCAGCUGGUUGCCAGCCUGAUCGGCAUUCUUCUUGCCUUCAAUAUGAUUAGUGAGACGGUGAGGGAUGUGUCAGUCGACUGCGCCUUAGCCGAGCUGUACCACCGGGGGCGUGCCACGGAGAAGAGCGUGGCCGCCGUCGCUCAGCAGGAGGCCAUGGUCGCAGUUUUUGGGCGCCUGAAUGAGCUGGAAGAAACGCUGACGACGGUGCAGCAGGGCGCCGCCAAGCAUGUGGAGCUGCGGGAGGAGCAGCAGAAGCUUAAAAACACGGACCUGGCGUACAUCAGGUCCAAGAUGGACAUGAUCAAGAGGAGGGCGGAGGACCUGCUGUCCAGCGUGCUUCAGAACCCGAAUAUCACCGCAGAGACCAUCGGGCGCCUGAGCGAGGAGGAGAAGGCUGUGCUGCGGCAGCGCAUGGAUCUGGCCGACAAGGUGAUGGCCCGCAUCGAGCGCCACCACGCCAACAAGGACGAUGAAAUCACUUUCGAGGAGUACCAGGAGCUGCUGGCUGCCCUGACCGACGUCACGGCGGCCCCCGGCGACAGCGCGGAGAGCGGGGAGCUGGUGCAGGCGAGGAUCCAGCUGUACAACAUGAAGGCGGCGCUGGAGCGCAGCAAGGCCGACAGCUACUCCACGCUGCUGGUGGGCGAGGCGCCAAAGGCGCUGCAGCAGAUGGAGGCGCGGCGGCGCGAGCAGCGCGAGCGCUGGAACGCGCAGUUUGAAAAGCACCUGCACCAGCAGGAGGCCCAGGGUGCCGACUUCCUGGUCAACCUGCCGGAGCACUGCGUGAAGGAGACGGCGGGGGAGCGGCUGGUGGUGGGGUCGGGCCUAGCCUCCAUCCUGCUGCAGCUGGCCGCCGCCUACGUGGCACUCUCCCUCACCCUCCGGCUGCCCGUCAAGGGCGAGUAG